CACAUUGUAAAUAGUGAUAAGUUGGUAACUUGUUGCUCUCUGCCGUUUAGUUUAUUAGUUUAUCUCUGGUCGGUACGCUUUGAUAUGGCGGCACCCAAAGAUGUUAAUUCAAUAGAUGAUUUCGUUAACUGCGAUGUUUGCUGGUGCGAAUACGAUGCCAACUGUAGGAAACCAAAAUUCCUUCCAUGUUCACACACUGUCUGCAUCUUGUGUCUAAGGGAAAUCUAUAGAGAUGGGUCCUUUACUUGCCCAACCUGUUGUCAAACCUUUGGGCAAGAACCGGAUAGUUUAUCAACCAAUGAAUAUGCCCUUCAGUUGCUCAUAUUUAAAGAACGUAAAAAUCAGAGGGUAAUGGAUAGCAGUUUGAGCGAUAAUGGCAAGGAGCUAAGAUGGUGUACCGAGUGUGAAUCCCUUGCCACCUCCAGCUGCACAUCAUCUCAACACUCUACAUUCAACAUGACAACUACAACUGUCAAGCAUUUAGAUGACUUUUUCAGCCUCAAGAAAGAUUUUCAGAGAGUGAAAGAUGAGCAGUUAAACAAGCUAUCUAUUGCUGUUGAAAUGAGAAAAAACAUAGACGAAGAUCUUUCUCUAUUCAAGGAAUUGGCAACGACAGUGAAAAGAGAAAUUGAAAAAUUAAGAGAUGAAAACAACAUUCAUCUUAAGGAAUUGAAGAAUUUAAAUGAUUCUCUAGACAAAGGGGAUUUCGUGCCUGAGCUGGCGAAUUUUGUUAAGGACUCGACAUCUGGCGACACAAUCGACACUCUCAUUCUGAAUUUGAAUAAAUGUCGUGAGUUGUGUGAGAACAAACUUCAAGAAACAUUCAAAUCUGUUUCAGAGCUCAAAUUCUGUAGUGAAACCAAAAUCGCCAUCCAUUUGUACGAUCAAGACAAUCAACCCAUUCCAACUUUUGAUUCGUUCGAGGAAGGUUUCCGAAUAUUAGGAAGCCUGACGAAAGGACGUCAUCGUUCGUCGAAGGCGACAAACCGAAACCAGCAAGAUUUUAAACUAAUAUCGCAUCUCAUUUAUUCCAUAAUGGAGAAGGUGAAUAGCUCAGUCGAUCAAUUUGCCCCACAGGGAAUCGCUGAAACAUCAGCCGUUUCUCUGGCAAUGGAAAAUAUCCCCGCACCUUCUUUCUCAUUGCUUCCCGAAAUACCUGUCCUUCCGAAUUUCCUUUUGGGUCAGUCGGUUUUCUACCUGUGGCUGUUGCAAUCGAACAAACCCAUUGGAGCCAUCUGCAUCCGUCCCGUACCCACGUUUAACCCGGCAUUUGUGCAAAAGUUGGGUGACUAUUGUUUCCAUUCUCCCAUGACAUUUUCCAAUAAAAUUUCAAAGGCAACUUCGGGAAAUUACAUCUUUUUGCCGGUAAUCCAGCCGGAAUUGAAGCAGCUAUUUGAAGGCAUGAAACACAGCGCCAGAUCUCAUCAGGACGGCAGUGACAGAGCCACACAAAUCAACGACGUUGGAAUCAAUUUCGUGACGACUUUGAAAAAUCGAAAUAUUGUCGGAUGGAGUUUCAUCUUUAUCCUAGAAAACUCGUCGCCCUCCACCAAGAAGAUGAUGCCGACGUCGGAUCUCUUAGGCCGAUUCAACAAUUACCACUUACUCGAAACUAUACAGAAAAAGAGUUCAAUCGCAGCAUCCGGAGAAGAAAAUAAUUAUUCGCUGUCCCUCGAAUCCAGAUAGCAAGAAAUGAUAUCCAGAUCAAGUUGGAUGAAAAUGAAAAAGAGCUGGCUGAUUGGACGGCGCUAUCGGAGAAUCAUUCAAAUUUAACCGUUUGGGGUGUGUUAUUUUAUGAGGGGGUGGGGUGGACUGUUGCAUUUAUCGUGAGACCCAACACAGCUGGACGAUCGAUAUGCCAAACUUGUAAAUGGUCAAAUAUUUACCAAUUAACUGUAGAAA